AUUUUUAAGUUGUAAUUGACUUAAGCUCCCUAGGUGGGAGGAGGGAAGAGAGGCAUGGUGAGAUGGUGAGCUCCUGCCAUUCACUUCCCUGCUGAGCUGGCAUAGAGGCAGGGGGGAGGAGUUUUUCCUCAUGCUCAGCAGCUGCAGCUGCUUCUGUACAAGGCUGGCCCUGCCUAGCUGUGUGUGCUCCAGAGCCAAGGACUAGUUUCAAUUUUUAGCUGUCCUUUAUGCAGCUGUAUAGUUUCCUUUAACGGCUUUACCAUUACUUUUGUUUCUCCUUGAAAAUCUGAAUCUAUUACUCCUGGCAAAACUUUAAAGUUUCUUUUAUAAUUUGAGCUACAACCAAUGAUUAACCCAAUCGUGCCUUGAAGUAAAGUCCCUAGGAUGGAGGUGGAGAUUAAGGUUAUUCCAUCCCAUGAUGAGAGGAUUAUAUUUUUAUUUACUGAGACAUCCAAAGCAGCACUACCUGGAGUGGCUCUAGGCAAUCAUGGAUAGUAAAGUCUGGAGCUUCAGGAUUGACAGGAACUGCAGAUUCCUACCGAGAAUCCUAUCAGUUACCUUGGAUGAAGGAAAGGAAAGAAAAGAGAAAGAAUACCUGUUGCAAGCGCCACCUGCCACAGACCAGCCCCUUUGGGUGCCCCACGUCCGUGGGAGAAUCAGGGAAUUCAGAUAUCAGGAAGGCACAGCAGGAACUGCAGAUUCCUACCGAGAAUCCUAUCAGUUACCUUGGAUGAAGGAAAGGAAAGAAAAGAGAAAGAAUACCUGUUGCAAGCGCCACCUGCCACAGACCAGCCCCUUUGGGUGCCCCACGUCCGUGGGAGAAUCAGGGAAUUCAGAUAUCAGGAAGGCACAGGAACUCAAUGACUGGCUCUUUGACCUCCCUACCCCCCAAGGGAGAAGCAGUCCUGCUAGGCCACAGAGGAGGACUUCGCAGCCAGUCCUGAAGAUACCUGAUAAAACAGGUCUACAGAUACAAACCUCAGCAGCGAGGUGGCCGAAGGAAGAAAGAUUACAAAUUCAAGGUCUACUGUGCUGCACUGAAAGACUCUAGUUCAACAAAGAAAAGAAUGUUUCUACUGUGCUGGGGAGACAGUGCUCAGUGAAGAGCACUCACUCUCCUCUAGACGACCUAAGCAUGGUCCCCAGUCUCUUCACAGGGUAGCUCAUAACCUCCCUUAACUCCAGCUUCCAGGAAUCACGCUCCACUGGCCUUUGACAGCACAUUCACUCACAUACACAGACGUAGACACACUCAGGGAGGGCUGAUAUGGGAAGAGGGGGCUCCCCUUUUCUUGGGAGAAAGAAAGAGAAGAAGGGGAGAAAAACAAAAGGGGCUGGGAAGAUAGAGAGGGGCACCCUUGGGAUGUAAAGUAAAUAAACUUAAAUAAAAUAAAAUUAUAUUAAAAUGAAUUGGGAAAAAUCAUAACAUUUUAGGAUAUCUUGGUGAAGAAGUUGAACUAUACUUAUAUUAACUGGGAAAACAACAACUUUUAAAAACACAUUAUUAGCUAUAUGUGUGCCUAUAUACACACAUGUAUGUAUUGGCAAGGGAUUUCCUUUAGGGGAAAUUUUGGUGAUAUUUCCAGGAUGUGUAGAUAAAAGCAGUCUCAGCUAGAUUAUCAUGAAAGAAGAGCUCAUUGAAUCUUCCUCUGCAACAUAUCCUCAAGAAACAAGAUAUAUAAAUAUGUAUAUAUAUUACAUAUUAACUUAGAUUUUUAUGGCGUUUACUCUUGAUAUAUACUCUACUCCCUCUUACUAUUCUUAUAUUAUAUUUUUUAUAAAACAUUUUCUAAAAGUGACUAUAUGACAGAGAACAAAUCACUUUCUAGUAAGAAUAAUGUAUUUAAGAGAUUUCAAGGAGAUUAACAAAUGUUUGGAUAUUCCAGCUCGUUGAGAUGGUCCAGGAAUUGACCAGUAUAUGUCCCUCUGAAUAAAUAACAUCAACUUAAUGAGGACAGAAGUUCUUCCAAGGAUAAUAUAGGACAUCAUUCAGAAUUUGAGUUAUUUGGAUUCUCUUUUAGGCUACAAACUACAAUGUGGAAACAGUGGAAAAUUUCAGAUUACUAGAGGUAAAAUAUGAUAAAUUCCACGGGGUUUCCUGGAAGUACAUUCACCAUACACAGGGGCUUACUGCCACUAAUAUUUGGCUACUACAUUCAAUCAAUUGUAUAAAUAAUUACAUUAUCAAAGCUUCUUUUUAUGUCUGACUACUGAGCCACAAUCUCUAAGGUAAGAACCAUAUUCACUACUAUAAGUAUAGUUUCAAAAUUGACAGUAUUUUUGUUUCCAUCAUGGAUUUGAGAAUUGAAAGAUGUUCUAAAUUGUAUGUCUGGACCUUUUCAAACAAAGAAACAUCUCUGUGAAUUUUAAAUGGUGAGUGAGGAUAGAAAGGAUUGUCCAAUUUUGGUAGAAGAGUUUAGCAUAGUGGCAAAAGACAUUGCAGUAAUAUUGAACAAACUUACCUCACAGAGACUAGGUGAAUUGAAAAAAAAAAUUGAUACAAUGGAAAAGUUCAAGAGAAACAUUUGAAAGAUACAAAAGACAAAGCAUGUGACUCAACCCAAAGUCUAUGCAUGAAGGGUAGACUCUAAUUAUAGUAUACUUACAAUCUAACUGAAAUCUUGAAAAACUAAAAAGAAAAAUAAAGUCAACAUCAAAAGAAGAAAAUAAAAGGUGUAAAGUGUGACAUGAUUGAGAACAAAACAAAUUAAGUGUGCUUUUGAACACAUUAAAUUAGUUCCAAUGUGAGUUUGCAAUUCAAUUUAGAAAGUUAUGAAUAUACAUAUGUGGGGAUUACUCACAAAUAAAUAUUUGUGGAAAACCUUAAUAAAGGAGUGAAGGUCAAACUAUAGCAAGCAACUAAAAAGGAAAGCAGUGAGUGGGUGGAUAUACAGAUACUAAGUGCAAAAUUGUAAGUGUGAUGUCCUGGUAAGUCUAGGAGAGAAUUUAUGGGUGAAACAAUAGUUGAAAAUCACAUACUGACUAAAAGAAGAAAGAAACAAAUAUAGAUAAAUGAUUUCAACAUUGCAAAGUGAUUACUGAUCUGAUAGACUUGCAUAUAAGAGAUAUGAGUAUUAAGAAAAUAGCUAUUACAAUUAGGACUAGCGCUUCCUCAAGUCCAGCUAUACCACUCCUAGGCAUAUAUCCAAAAGAUGCUCAAGUACACAACAAAGACAUUUGCUCGACCAUGUUUGUAGCAGCUUUAUUUGUAAUAGCCAGAAGCUGGGAACAACCCAGGUGUCCCUCAGUUGAGGAAUGGAUACAGAAACUGUGGUACAUCUACACAAUGGAAUAUUAGUUAGCAAUAAAAUAACAAGUUAAAAAAAAGGAAAUUUGCAGGUAAAUGAUGAGAACUGAAAAAAAUCAUCCUGAGUGAGAUAUCCCAGAAGCAGAAAGACAAACAGGGUAUAUACUCACUCAGAAGUGGAUAUUAGACAUAUAAUAUAGGAUAAACCUACUGAAAUAUGUACACCUAAAAAGACUAACAAGGGGGAGGACUUUGGCUAAAGUACUCAAUCCCCAUUCAGAAAGACAAAGUCAGUGGAUAUCAGAAGAAGGAGAAAACAAGGAACAGGAAAAGAGCCUGUCACAGAGGGCCUCUGAAAGGCUCUAUCCUGCAGGGUAUCAAAGUGAUGCUGAGGCUUAUGGCCCACCUUUGGGCAAAGUGCAGGGAAUCUUAUGAAAGAUGUGGAAAAUAGUAAGACCUAGAGAGGACAGGAGCUCCACAAGAAGAGCAAAAGAGUAAAAAAAAAAAAAAAAUCUGGGCAGAGGGGUCUUUUCUGAGACUGAUACUAAACAAAGGACCAUUGAUAGAGAUAACCUAGAACCCCUGCACAGAUGUAGCCCAUGGCAGUUCAGUGUCCAAGUGGGUUUCAUAGUAAUGGGAAGAGGGACUCUCUCUGAUAUGAACUGAUUGGCCUGCUCUUUGAUCACCACUUCCUGAGAGUGGAGCAGCCUUACCAGGACAUAAAGUAAGACAAUGAAGCCACUCCUGAUGAGACCUGAUAGAACAGGAUUAAAAGGACGGGGAGGAAGACCUCUCCUAUCAGUGGACUGGGGG